AUGGUCAACUACCCCAACCUGCAGGCACAGCCCCAGCCCCAACUGCAGCUCCAGUUCCAGCUCCUGCUGCCGGCCCAGCCCCAGCGCCUCCUUUGGGCCGAACAGCUCAUGCGCCAGUUGCACAAGGAGUGGAUGCGGGAACACAAACAGCUCAGGUGA